CUUCUUCUUCUUCUUCGUUGUUUCUCGCCUAGGUCGAAGAGUCAAGAGUCAAUCCCCGAGCGCUUGCGACCAACGAGACUCCUUCCUUUCCUUCGCUGCUGGCUCAGAUCAUUCUUUUAAAACUUUCCAACUUCGCUUGGCUGGAGUCUUUUAUUUUCGCUUCUUUUGCUCGUCGACCACACCACUUUAGGUAUUAUAAGAGACGUUUUUAAUACGGGGACUGAGAAGUAAAGAGAUUGGAAACAUCAGAGUUUGGCAUCGACAAAAACGUGGUUAUUGGAUUUGCUGGGAUUAUUUGCUUCACCAUCAUCCGACGCCCACACGAGCCGCUACCGAUACCCUCCAAGGCCCAACCGCCAAAUCGUCGGUAUUGUCGCAGGUCGACACCCUAAUACAGCUACGAAUAGGAGGGCAAUCGAAAUCGAAUCAAGAUGGCGGGCGACCUGACCUUCGGGGUUCUGGUCAAGAAGCAGUUUACUGCUCAGAAGUUGGCCUUUCACUUCCUCUUCUGGACCUUUCACUUUGGCAUUUUCGCCUAUGGAUGGUGGAAGCAGGCAAUGGACGCGAGGCUGGCUGGUCUGAACACUUUGCAGUACUCGGUCUGGAUUUCAAGAGGUGCUGGUUUGGUUCUUAGUGUCGAUGGAAUGCUUAUCCUGCUUCCGGUCUGCCGAACGGUCAUGCGAUGGAUCCGACCUAAGCUUCGCUUCCUCCCUCUCGACGAGAACCUUUGGUUGCACAGACAGCUAGCGUACUCCAUGCUUGGAUUUACCAUCUUGCACACCUCUUCUCAUUACAUCAACUUCUUCAACGUUGAGAGAACACAAAUUCGUCCCGUCACGGCUAUCCAGAUUCACUACACCCAGGCAGGUGGUGUCACCGGCCAUGUCAUGCUGCUGUGCAUGCUCCUGAUGUACACCACUGCGCACGCCCGCAUUCGCCAGCAAUCAUUCGAGACGUUCUGGUACACUCACCACCUCUUCAUUCCCUUUUUCUUGGGACUGUACACCCACACCACUGGCUGCUUCGUGCGUGACACCGCCUUGCCGUACUCUCCAUUCGCCGGAAAGGAUUACUGGGACCACUGCAUCGGCUACCUCGGCUGGAGAUGGGAGCUUUGGACUGGAGCUUUCUACCUCAUGGAGCGUACCUACCGCGAGGUCCGCGCUCGCCGCCGUACCAAGAUCACUCGUGUUGUUCGCCACCCAUACGACGUCGUCGAGCUGCAGUUCAAUAAGCCCUCGUUCAAGUACAAGGCUGGCCAGUGGCUCUUCCUCCAAGUGCCUUCUCUCUCCAACUACCAGUGGCACCCCUUCACCAUUACCUCGUGCCCCUUCGAUCCUUAUAUCUCGGUUCACGUUCGCCAGGUCGGUGACUUCACUCGGGCUCUUGGUGACGCUGUUGGCGCCGGUUCCGCGCAGGCAAAGCUCUACGAUGGCGUUGAUCCCAUGGGAAUGUACGAGGUUGCUCUUCAGAACGGCCAGCAGAUGCCUGACCUCCGCAUCGAUGGCCCCUAUGGUGCUCCCGCUGAGGACGUUUUCGAGAACGAAAUUGCUGUGCUCAUCGGUACUGGUAUUGGCGUCACUCCCUGGGCCUCAAUUCUCAAGAACAUCUGGCAUUUGCGCAACAGCCCGAACCCGCCAACCCGUCUUCGCCGUGUCGAGUUCAUCUGGGUCUGCAAGGACACCGGCUCCUUCGAAUGGUUCCAGACUCUCCUGUCAUCGCUCGAGGAGCAGUCCAACGAGGCAGCUCGCGUUCCUGGUAGCUCCGGCGUUGAAUUCUUGAAGAUUCACACCUAUCUCACUCAGAAGCUAGACAUGGAUACCACGCAGAACAUUGUGCUCAACUCGGUUGGAUCAGACCACGACCCCCUGACUGAGCUCAAGUCCCGCACGAACUUUGGUAGACCCAACUUCUCCAAGCUUUUCACAACCAUGCGCGAUGGUAUUUUGGAUAGAACAUACCUCAACGGCUUGGAAGGCAGCAUGCGCACAACUGUCGGUGUUUACUUCUGCGGUCCCUCAGUAGCUGCUCGCGAUAUCAAGCAGGCUUGCAAGGAUGCCGAUGUCCGCGAAGUCAACUUCCGAUUCUGGAAGGAGCACUUCUAAGCGUGAAGAUGGCUGAGAUAAUGAAAAGUAAAAGUCAAAAAACGAGGAGCCUUGGCGAAAGCCUCGAGUUCUGUACGUGGAGGAGAAUCUCAUACCAGGAGACGACAUCUACAGCUACCAGGGGCUUCUCAGCAGUGGGACCGCGGGAAGCAGCGCUCCGAGAGGAGAGCCGGCUGAAUAACGGCAAGCGGGAAGGCGUUGGCUGGAAUGCAUUAAGAAACACCCCCCUCAGCGAUGUGCAUCAUCUCUUACCAUUUUUGCCGCCAUCCGCGCCCUCACAUUAUUUCUUGACGAUGGGCGGGGGUGGCAGGCGGUCAAUGUUCUCUCAUAUAUAUGCAAAGUCCAUAUAUCACAUUUUUUUCAGCUAUGGCAACUUGUUAUAUUUCCAGGUUUUCAAAUUAUCAUCAUGAUCUAGAAAGGAAAACGUUUUCAUGGGCCUUGAGUAGAUAGG